AUGGAGAUUUACUCCUCUCUUUCCAGCAACUUAAUUUCAUUACUUUUGUUCUCCUCCCUCUUUAUUAUUCUAGUGAGACAAUGGGGAAAAUUAAAAACGAAAAACCAAACACAAAUUAGAUUGCCUCCAGGCCCAUGGAGACUUCCCCUUAUUGGAAGUCUGCAUCACUUGAUGGGAGCUGAAGUUCCACAUCGCAUUCUUAGAAAUUUAGCCAAAAAUUAUGGGCCUGUUAUGUACUUGCAACUUGGGCAAGUUCCUACAGUAGUCAUAUCAUCUCCUAGUUUUGCAAAACAAGUUCUAAAAACUCAUGACCCUGUCUUUGCUAGUAGGCCAGAAUAUACAUCCACAAACAUCCUACUUUACAAUAAUAAAGGCAUAACAUUUAGCCCAUAUGGUGACUACUGGAGACAAAUGUGUAAAAUUUGUAUUGUUGAACUUCUUAGUGCUAAGAUGGUCAAGUCAUUUAGCGCAAUUCGAGGAGAUGAGCUUUCAACUCUCAUUUCAUCAAUUCGUAAUUCCAUGUCCGGUUCUAGUACUUCUACAAUGAUCAAUAUGUCAGAAAAAGUUUUUUGGUGUGUGAACUCUGUCAUUUGUAGAGCAGCCUUCGGGAAAGUAUGCAAAGAUCGAGACGAGUUUAUAACAAUAUUGAAGGAAGUAAUGUUAUUAUCAGGAGGAUUUUUUGUAGCUGAUUUGUUCCCAUCAUGGAAGCUACUUCACAACAUAAGUGGUGAGAAAUCGAGAAUGGUGAAAGCGCAUAAGAAGAUUGAUGCAUUAAUGGAGGACAUCAUCAAUGGGCAUACUAAAAAUAAAGCAGCUGGGAACAACCUGGGAAAUGGUCGCUUCGGUGAUGAAGAUUUGGUUGAUGUUUUUCUUAGGAUUAAGGAUAAUGCUGAACUUCAAUUUCCAAUCACAAAUGACCAUUUAAAAGCUGUUCUUUUUGACAUCUUUCUUGCUGGAAGUGAAUCUUCAUCUACAAUGAUUAUUUGGGCAUUGUCAGAAAUGAUGAAGCGGCCAAAUGUUAUGGCCAAGGCUCAAAGUGAAGUGAGACAAGUCUUGAAAGGAAAGAAGAAUUAUGAUGAAGAAGAUCUUGAAAAAUUGACAUACCUAAAGUUAGUAAUUAAGGAAACAUUAAGGCUACAUCCUGGUCCUUUCAUAGGAUCUAGAGAAUGUAGGGAACAAAUAGAUAUUGAUGGAUACACCAUACCUGUUAAGACUAGGAUACUAGUUAAUGCAUGGGCACUUGGCAGAGAUCCAGGAAGUUGGGAUGAUCCUGAAAGUUUUAUACCAGAGAGAUUUGAGAACUCUUCUAUUGAUUUUAUGGGAAAUAACUUCGAGUUUAUUCCAUUUGGUGCAGGAAAAAGAAUGUGUCCAGGAAUGUUGUUUGGUUUGGCUAAUGUUGCACAUCCUCUGGCUCAGUUACUCUAUCACUUUGACUGGGAACUCCCAUAUGAAACUAAUCCGAAAGAUUUGGAUAUGACUGAAGCACAUGGAGUAACUGGAGCAAAACAAGAGCUAUAUUUAGUUGCCACAAAUCAUAAAAACAAUGACGAAUUUUGAUGUUUGACUUGAAACGGUGGAAUGUUAGCUCAACCUAUG